AUGACUGCAAACCUGCCAUGGCAUCCAAUCCCCUCCGGUAAAGCAACAUGCAAAGUCCACCUCAUACAAGCCGGCGGGCUCGCCAUUCCGGAAGAUAUGGCAUUCCUCCCAAGCCCAGACAAGCCAAACAACUCCAUAAACGAGGACAAAGAUGACAAACCCAAGAAGUACUACGCCCCAGACUAUGUAUUCGAAAAGACCUUGAGAACCUCCCUCCUACAAAUCGUCAAGAAUGUACUGCCACAAUUUGACUGCGAAUCAAAAUCACCAGCAGAGAUCCUGAAAGAGCACGGGAUAGCGGAGCAACAACCCGAGAAAGCCAAAGCAGUUGUCUUUUCGCACAUGCACUUCGAUCACGUUGGCGAUGGCACAAAUGCUAGAUUCGAGAACGAAGAGUUGUGGGUGGGACCUACAUGA